GGGGUCCCGGAGCCCCGGAGCCGGAGCGAGCUCAGGAGCGUCGCCGGAGCCCGGGGAAGGACGAUCGGAAGCUGGAGAGAGCCAAGCCAUCCUCCAAAGUGCGAUGCCCCCAAGGGGCUAAGGCGCGCGGCGAUCGGCGCUAGAAAGAUCGCUUCGGAGCGCAGGGGCAGCCCCGGCGAGUGGCGGCGGGCCCGGGCUGCGACCCGAGCGAGCCCCAUGCCCCGUGCGGGCUGACGGGCCGGAGCCCGCACUGAGCGGCCGGGCCGGACAGGUCCCGAUUGAGCGGCAAUGAUGGUGGAGUCUGCAUCGGAGACAAUCAGGUCGGCUCCGUCUGGUCAGAACGGCGUGGGCAGCCUCUCUGCGCAGGCUGAUGGCGGCGGUGGGGCCGGGACCGCGGGCACGGCCCCGGCUGCCGGUAGGGAUGCCUCAGGCAGGGAAGCAGCCAGCGGAGGAGCCGACAGCAAUGGCGAGAUGAGCCCCGCGGAGCUUCUGCACUUCCAACAGCAACAGGCUCUCCAGGUGGCCCGGCAGUUCCUGUUGCAGCAAGCCUCCAGCCUGAACUCCCCGGGGAACAAUGACAGUAAACAGUCGGCCUCUGCGGUGCAGGUGCCUGUGUCUGUGGCCAUGAUGUCCCAGCAGAUGCUUACCCCCCAGCAGAUGCAGCAGAUCCUGUCGCCACCUCAGCUGCAGGCCUUGCUGCAGCAGCAACAGGCUCUCAUGCUCCAGCAGCUGCAGGAGUAUUACAAGAAGCAGCAAGAGCAGCUCCACCUGCAGCUCCUCACCCAGCAGCAGGCUGGAAAACAGCAGCCCAAAGAGGCCCUGGGGAACAAGCAGCUGGCCUUCCAGCAGCAGCUCCUGCAGAUGCAACAGUUGCAGCAACAGCACUUGCUCAACCUCCAGAGGCAGGGGCUGGUCAGCCUGCAGCCAAGCCAAGCCUCAGGGCCCCUCCAGGCCCUCCCGCAAGCAGCCGUGUGCCCGACAGACCUGCCCCAGCUGUGGAAAGGCGAGGGUGCCCCGGGGCAGCCCGCUGAGGACAGCGGCAGGCAGGAGGGGCUGGACCUCGCCAGCACAGCUGUUACUGCUACCUCGUUUGCCAGCCCUCCCAAGGUCUCCCCGCCCCUCUCCCACCACCCCUUACCCAACGGACAACCCACUGUGCUCACAUCUCGGAGAGACAGCUCCUCCCAUGAGGAGACCCCCAGUUCCCACCCUCUUUAUGGACAUGGGGAGUGCAAGUGGCCAGGCUGUGAGACCCUGUGUGAAGACCUGGGCCAGUUUAUCAAACACCUCAACACAGAACACGCUUUGGAUGACCGGAGCACGGCCCAAUGCCGCGUGCAGAUGCAGGUGGUCCAACAGCUGGAGAUCCAGCUGGCCAAGGAGAGUGAGCGGCUGCAGGCCAUGAUGGCACAUCUGCACAUGCGGCCUUCAGAGCCCAAGCCCUUCAGCCAGCCACACCUACCCCAUUGCUCACAGCUGAACCCAGUCCCUGGCUCCUCCUCAUUCUCCAAGGUGACCGUCUCCGCAGACCCGUUCCCGGAUGGCCUCGUGCACCCCCCAACUUCAGCCGCUGCCCCCGUCACACCCCUGCGUCCCCCUGGCCUGGGCUCUGCCUCUUUGCACAGUGGGGGCCCUGCCCGCAGGAGAAGUAAUGACAAAUUCUGCUCCCCCAUCUCCUCAGAGCUUGCCCAGAAUCAUGAGUUCUACAAGAACGCUGACGUCAGGCCCCCCUUCACCUACGCUUCCCUUAUCCGCCAGGCCAUUCUGGAAACUCCAGAUCGGCAGCUGACGCUAAAUGAGAUUUAUAACUGGUUCACCAGGAUGUUCGCCUACUUCCGAAGAAACACGGCCACCUGGAAGAAUGCCGUGCGCCACAACCUCAGCCUGCACAAGUGUUUCGUCCGUGUGGAGAACGUCAAGGGGGCCGUGUGGACUGUGGAUGAGCGGGAAUAUCAGAAACGGAGACCGCCAAAGAUGACAGGGAGUCCCACUCUGGUGAAGAACAUGAUCUCGGGCCUCAGUUACGGGGCACUUAACGCCAGCUACCAGGCUGCCCUGGCAGAGAGCAGCUUCCCUCUUCUCAGCAACCCCGGCAUGCUGAACCCUGGCUCAGCCAGCAGCCUUCUGCCCCUCAGCCAGGAGGACCUGGGUGUCCCUGGGGAACCACUACCCAGCAAUGGGAGCAGCAGCCCGCCUCGUCUUUCCCCUCCUCAGUACAGCCACCAGAUACAAGUCAAAGAGGAGCCUGCAGAGGCAGAGGAAGACCGACGGCCGGGGCCUCCCUUGGGCGCCCCCAACCCCAGCACUGUGGGGCCUCCAGAAGACAGGGACCUGGAGGAGGACCUGGGAGGAGAGGACAUGUCCUAAGGGCAGGGUGGGCGGGCAGGGCAGGCCAAGACCCUGCCGCCCAGUGGACCCCGGCCUACCCACCCCACUCUACAGCCCCUCCAACCUCAAGGCACUUCGGGGACUCAGACGGGGGAGAUCCGGGCCAGUAGCUCCCAUGCCACCUGACUGACAGACGCCUGGGGACAGGCAUAUCCCUGCUCCCCGCAGAGAACACAGAACCCUUGGACUGGGACCCGUAGAGGACAUGGAGGGCCCAGACCCUCUCAGCCCCUCCCUGUAUUCCCAACCACCACCAGCAGCAGCAGCAGGGCUCUCCUUCCCCACCAGUGCUCCCCUCCAAGACCCCUUAGCACAAGGGGAGACCCGCAGGCGGGGCUGAGCCACCCCCACAACCCUACCUUCUUCAUCCCCUCUGUCCCGUCUGUGGCAGAGGUUUCUGGCCAGAGGACCCUUCCCGGUUCAUCUCCCCUCAUCUUCUUUUCCCAACUGUGAAAAUUAGUUCUCCGGUCCCAGCUUCCUGCUCAAAGGGGCAAGCAGGCUGGGGGCGGGGCACCUGCAGACCAGCCCCCUCAGCUGCGGGAGCGGAGCAAGUUGUGCCCUGCCCUUCCCUCCCUGACCUGAGGCAGAACCCAGAUUAAGCAGGUCUCCACCCCACCCUGUUUGCUGGGCACUCCUGCGGCACCCCGAGAGGGACCCCCAUGCUGGACACCUUCAGAGCGUGUGCAUAGGUGGUCUCUGACCUGAACAUCACAGUGCGGAGAAAGCCCGGCUGGAAACACCCUCGCCCCCAGCCUACGGGUCCCCGAAAUGGGGUCCUCUCACCCCGCCCCCUCACCUCCUCCUGUCCUUCCCUCUCCCAGUUAAAACGGAUGACCAAAGACCUUUCUUAUGCCGGAAGCAAAAACCAAAACUUUUUGUUGGCUUUUUCUUUUGCCGCCUCCCGAGCACCCUGCCCUCCCAACCCUGCCCCCUGAUCCCGGGCUGGAAGCCUUCCCUCCUUCACUUAAGUUAUUGUGUUAAACCAAAGUUUACAGUGUCUGUUGGUAGCAAGACCCCCUCCUCCCCUCUACCACCCCCCCCAAGGGUCCAGGGGUCCUACUCGCUUCCCCCCUGCUCAUACCUUGCCUAUGGAGACAUGAGAGGGCAGAAUCCUGCCCCCAGCCCUGGGCUGCUUUCGGGGGUCGGGGGAGGGCUCUUCAGAUGCCUCCAUAGGACCAAGUCCCCAUCAUUGCCGGGAGUGUGGAUUCUAGCAGCAGAGCUGGAAACGAUGAGAUUCCACAGACCCCCUAUGGGGGACCCACAACCCAAGACCGCAGACUGGGUGUAAGGGAUGCCCGGAACACCCUGACCAGGCCCCUCCCCUAAGACUUCUUGGAUAUUUCCCAGGAGAAUCCCACAUUCACCGCCAAACCCCUAUCCCUACCCAACACAAGCUGCCCUCCUGAAAGGCAAGGGCGCCCCGCCCCCGGCCUUCCCCCAUGUACCCCCACCUGUGUUCCGUUUGACCAGCACAGAAAUAUUAAAGUCCUCUAUUUACCGGG